UCUGCCAAAUAAAUUCUCCAAAGCCCUAAACUCACACCUCUCAUCCCCAACGCAGCCGCUCGCAUCCUAGCAGAUUCACACCUUUCCUCAAAAUGACAACCCGUUUCAAGAAGAACCGCAAGAAGAGAGGCCAUGUGAGCGCUGGCCACGGCCGUAUCGGAAAGCACAGGAAGCAUCCGGGUGGUCGCGGUAACGCCGGAGGCAUGCACCACCACAGAAUUCUCUUUGACAAGUACCAUCCGGGGUAUUUUGGUAAGGUUGGUAUGCGCUACUUCCACAAGCUCCGCAACAAGUUCUACUGUCCUAUCGUCAACAUAGACAAGCUCUGGUCCUUGAUUCCUCAGGAGGCGAAGGACAAGGCUUCUAAGGAUAAUGUGCCAUUGCUCGAUGUUACCCAGUUUGGGUACUUCAAAGUUUUGGGAAAAGGUGUUUUGCCGGAGAAUCAACCGAUCGCGGUGAAGGCUAAGCUUGUUUCAAAGAUUGCCGAAAAGAAGAUCAAGGAGGCUGGUGGAGCUGUUAUUCUUACUGCCUAGGUUAGCGAUUUUGUGUUUUUGGUUUUUUUGCUAUAAUGAUAUGAUGUUUUGGAAUUGUUUAAGAAGUUAUUUUUGUUAUAAUUUCUGGAUAUUUAGAUAUUAAUAUUCGGAAUUUUUACUUUGUAUGCCGAUUAUGCUUGCAACUAGUUUUGUGGAUCUAUUUAGGAUUAAAGAGCUGGUUUUAGUUGAGUAA